GCUGCCCUAAUUGUGAGUACAUGUGGUAACUUUGCAGUUUUUCUUAAAACUAGGAGAUUCAGCUUAGAUACUGUGCUACUAAGUUAAACAACAGCCAGUUCUACGCUGAAACAGGGCGGUUAUAAACAGAGGGUGGUAUUUUUGGAAACCGGUGGAAGACGAGACUAACCGAAGGAACACCUCAAUGGCUGUGUCAAAAUGUACCCGGUUGAGCGGACCACUGAUCAAGCAGUUGCUUGACUCUGUGGAUAAUGUACUCUUUGAUUGCGAUGGCGUGAUAUGGAGAGGUGACGAAGCUAUUUCUGGGGCACCCGAAGUCAUCAAUUUAUUAAAGAAAACUGGCAAAGGAGUGUAUUUUGUAACCAACAACAGCACUAAAACCAGAAAAAUGUAUGCCGAUAAACUGGCCAAGUUGGGAUUUAAUGCUACAGAGGAGGAGGUGUUCGGUACGGCAUAUUGCUCAGCAAUGUACCUCAAAUCCGUUUGUAAACUUGAGGGGAAAGUGUAUCUUAUUGGAAGCAAUGCGAUGAGACAAGAGCUUGAAAAGGUUGAAAUCGAGCAGAUUGGUGUUGGACCCGAUCACGUCUCAGGCACUCAGUUCGACUGGGCUAAUGUGGCUUUGGACCCAGAGGUCAAAGCUGUGCUUGUCGGAUUCGAUGAACAUUUCAGUUAUAUGAAACUGAACAAAGCACUUCAGUACCUCUCUAACAGUGACUGCCAGUUUGUGGGAACCAACACUGACACUAGACUUCCACUGGAAGGUGGUAAAGCGGUUCCAGGGACUGGAUGCCUUGUCAAGGCAGUGGAGACAGCAGCACAGCGGCAAGCUCAAGUCGUCGGGAAGCCUAACAGAUUCAUGUUCGACUGCGUAGCUGGCAAGUUUAAUGUAGACCCCAAUCGGUGUCUCAUGGUAGGGGACAGGCUGGACACAGACAUUCUGCUUGGUUCAAACUGUGGACUGAAGACACUGCUGACUCUGACUGGGGUGUCAACGGUAGCUGAUGCGGAGACACACCAGAAGAGCGGAUGUCCAGUUCGUCAAGGCAUGGUGCCGGACUACUAUGUUGAUAGCAUCGCAGAACUCUUGCCUGCGUUGCAGGGUUAGAGUAGCUUUAAGUUAUGAAUGCUAACAGGCACACUCAAAAUUAUAGCGCACUUCACAGAAUAUCUUUAAAAGGCAACGGAACUUAAUAAAAUGAGCCCUAUUUUUUUCAAGAUAUAUAUAAAAAUAAAUAAAUAAACGAACAAGUAACUACAUCUGUUUAGACCGGCAAAUGAUGCUAAUGCUGCUAAAUGUGUAAUAUUGUGAUCAAUCUCAAGCUGAAUAUGAAAGGUCGAUUUAUGAAUAUUUCAAUGUUUCGUCAAAUCACCACCAGUAUGGAGCAGUCACUUCAAAAGCAUUUGCUCUAUCAACAUGAUCGCAGUAGACAAAGCAAUUCAUUCUUAAGGAACUAGCCUUGCCAAAAGUCCUAAUUGAGAGACACGAGUCCUCUGAAAGCCAAACCUACCUCUGUCUCUUAUUAUUUUAUAAUAACAUCAGUGUCUUUUGUGCAAUUGUAUGGCUGAGGCAGUAUUCAGGGACUUGUACGUUUGUUUUUCUGAAGUUUUCCUUGAGGCAGUUAUUGACAUAGAUCCAGUGUUGUAGGAACAGACGGAGCGUACCUAAGUUAUUUUUUAUUUUAAUGGUACGUUAUGUUCUUCAACAUAUUUUGUGGAAAGAAUGCCCCAUGACUAGUCCUUUGUGUUGUCUUGCUCAUCUUAAACUUGAGAUGAUCUGCAGUGUAGUCUUACAGUUGUAUGGAAUGUGCGGAUUGUGUUUUGUCAGAAAGUGUCUGUUCCGUAGACCACAUGUUUAUAAUACAUAGUGUGUGUCAUUGUAACAACUUGCUUUUAGCAAUAACAAUACAUUCAUAUCAAACAUUCACUGCUUUCCGUCCAUUUUCGAGCUUGAACUCAGUGUUUAUCUUGUAACAAGUCUUCA